AUGGAUCAGCGCAUUGCAGCGAGUGGAGUUAUGUACCUGGAGAAUAAUCCCACUGGAGUCUUGUCAAACGCUUGUCUUCUAUGCCGCCACCCCUCUCCGCUUUUCACUAAACCUCGUCACCACCGCACCGAUUUCCUCAAUGGUCAAUUGGAGACCCCUACUUUGAACUCUGUGCAAGGACCUAGCCUGAGCUAUGAAACGGAACAUGAUCCAGGUCAAAGAUGCCGAGGUUGUCUCAAGCUUGGCUGCAAAAGAGCUAAUUCGACCUUUGGGCAGAUAUGCCACAGGAAGGAUGAAUUAGCUUCAAUAUACCAGACAACUUUUGAAAAUAGAAGGAUAUAUUCUCCAAAACAUAUCCCGUUCCACUGCCAAGCUGUUGGCUCUGCCUACCGUGCCAUCUCCAGGAAGGAAACGUCCCCAACCUCAGCCUUCGCAUUGGAAGACCAUGUAACAGUCCAGGUCUCUUCGCUACGAGCCCAAGGCCCUGGGUAUGGUUUCUCACAUCACGGCUGGCUAGUUGCAAGCUUCCCGAUGCUUCCUGGAAACCCACUGUCACCUGUAGCCUAUGAAAAUAGUGAAGUUAAAUCGUGGAGUCCUCACACCCCGUCAAUCGAUGCGUUCUUUCGGCAUGCCAUCUGGAGCCGUUUGGGAGCCGCUGAGGUUGUUGGAAAGAAGAAACCAGUAACGAUGCCGAGCUUCAUGCUAUUAACGCCGGAGAAAGCUUGUCUCGACUACCUGACCUGUUCAAUCUUCACCAGGCUCUCAACCCACUUCCUGAUCUACGCCACAAAGCCUUAA